UUCGUUCCUCUAGUUCCCACACUCUCCACAGUUCGCCGCCGUUCCGUUUCGUUAUCUCUUCGAAAGCAGCGAAACGCGCGACAUACUUUGCUCCCGAUUUGUCUCUUCUAACAUCGCAAAAUCUGUUAAAUAUUUAAUUUAAUAUACGAUAUAAAUAUAUACGAACAUAUUACUCAACUUGUAUGAAAGAUCACGUAUAAAUAUCGUGAUGCUUCGGUUUCCUUCCCAAUGGCCGACGUUGUUUCAUGUUCCAUCGCGCGAUCUAGACUUUCACCUUUUUGCCAAGAGACGAAGAAGGAAAUAACAGAUGAAAUCGUUGGAUCGCGAAGAAGAAGAAGAAGAAGAAGAAGAAGAAGUAGAAGAAGAAGUAGAAGAAGAAGUAGAAGAAGUAGAAGAAGAAGUAGAAGAAGAAGAAGAAGAGGAAGAAGUAGAAGAAGAAAAUGCAGGGUCAGCGAGUGACUUUGACGAAAGGCAUUCCACAGGUGGUUUCGAGCUACCUACGUGCAACAACGUGCAUAAGAUUAUCGUACUGGGUUCUACAUCAGCCGCGUCACGUUUGUACAAUUCAAUUAGCUCAGUGGACGUCAUUCGACAGCGUGCACGCUGCUGCCGCCGCCACCAUCGCCGCCCACCGCCCAUCACCACCACCACCACCACCACCAUCAUCAUCAUCACCACCACCGCCUCCGCCGCGCCGUUCUCUCUGUUCCCGCGUAGACGUUCAAACCUGUUUUCGAUAUUACGUGUUUGCCUUUUCUAAUCCGCAACACCGUUAAAUCUUGAUUCCAUGAGAAAGAGAGACAGAGAGAAAGAGAGAGAGAGGUAGAGAGAGAGAGAGAGAGAGAGAGAGAGAGAGAGAGAGAGAGAGAAAGAAGG